GAGAACCAAAAACGCUCUCUAUGAAACAAAAUUACAGUAACCAUUUUUUUACUUUUCUUCUCUGCGAUUUGAGAUCGCACCGGAAAACGAAACCACAAACACUUCAACUCGCUCUGGCGCCAACUCACUGAGUCAGCUCGCUGCCAUUGUUGAACAGCGUACCGAGCUUCACCAAUACUCACUCUCUUAGCUCAUGGAAUGAGGAUCCUAGCUUAGAAUCAUUCACAUUUUCCCGAACGUCUCAGAUCUCGCGCCGAGCGCGCGUGUUAUCGAGUCGUAACUCGCUCCGCAACUCGGGAAUGGCUUCUGCGGAAGCCGAUUCCCGACUGAGUAGGAUCGUCGUCCCCGCGCUCGAGGCGAUCGUGAAGAACGUGUCGUGGAGGAAGCACGCAAAGCUCGCGCACGAAUGCAAGUCGGUGAUCGACAGGCUCAGAAAUAACAAUGCAGCGGAGACGGCUGCGUCGCCGUCGGGCUCUCCUUCCGACGGCGAGCCCGAUUCCACGUCGCCAGGACCCCUCCACGACGGCGGUCCCGUGGAGUACUCCUUCGCGGAGUCCGAAUCGAUCCUCAGUCCUCUCAUCAAUGCCGCGAAAUCCGGCGUGCUGAAGAUCGCCGAGCCCGCCGUCGACGCAAUCCAGAAGCUUAUCGCGUACGGCUACCUCCGCGGCGAGGCGGAUCCCGGAGGCUCCUCACCGGAGGCGAAAUUGCUCUCGAAUAUGAUCGAAUCGGUUUGCAAGUGCAAUGAGUUAGGAGACGAAACAAUGGAGUUGCAGGUUCUGAAAACGCUGUUGUCCGCGGUAACCUCAAUUUCGUUGCGAAUUCACGGUGAUUGCUUGCUUAUGAUAGUGCGAACCUGUUAUGAUUUAUAUCUAACGAGUAAAACUGCGGUGAAUCAAACAACGGCGAAAGCCUCGUUGAUUCAGAUGCUGGUGAUUGUGUUUAGGAGAAUGGAAGCGGAUUCUUCCACGGUUCCUAUUCAGCCGAUUGUGUUGGCUGAUUUGAUGGAGCCAGCAGAAAAAUCUGAUUCUUCCACGCAGUUUGUGCAAGGUUUUAUCACCAAGAUUAUGCAGGACAUUGAUGGUGUUUUGAACCCUGGUACACCUAGUGCUAAGGUUUCGAUGCUAGGUGGCCAUGAUGGUGCGUUUGAGACUACGGCGACGGUGGAGGGGACAAACCCGACGGAUUUGUUGGAUUCGACUGAUAAGGACAUGUUGGAUGCGAAGUAUUGGGAGAUCAGUAUGUAUAAGACGGCUCUAGAAGGGAGGAAGGGAGAGCUUGUGGAUGGUGGUGACAUUGUGGAGAGGGAUGAUGAUUUAGAGGUCAAGAUUGGUAACAAGUUGAGGAGGGAUGCCUUUUUGGUAUUCAGGGCACUCUGUAAAUUGUCGAUGAAGACGCCCCCUAAAGAGGCUUCUUCCGAUCCCCAGUUAAUGAAGGGAAAGAUUGUGGCUCUGGAGCUAUUGAAGAUUUUGCUGGAGAACGCUGGAGCUGUUUUCAGGACUAGUGAAAGGUUUCUAGGUGCCAUCAAGCAGUACUUAUGUUUAUCAUUGUUGAAGAACAGUGCUUCAACUCUUUUGAUCGUUUUUCAGCUAUCUUGCUCCAUCUUCAUCAGUCUGGUAUCAAGAUUUAGAGCUGGAUUGAAGGCCGAAAUUGGUGUUUUUUUCCCUAUGAUAAUACUCAGGGUACUAGAAAAUGUUUCUCAACCUAAUUUUCAGCAAAAGAUGAUAGUGCUUCGGUUUCUGGAGAAACUUUGCAUUGAUUCACAGAUAUUGGUCGACAUAUUUAUCAACUAUGAUUGUGACGUCAAUUCAUCCAACAUUUUCGAGAGGAUGGUCAAUGGACUUCUUAAGACUGCUCAAGGUGUCCCUCCUGGUGCAGCCACCACACUUCUGCCACCUCAAGAGGCAACACUAAAACUUGAAGCCAUGAAAACCUUGGUUGCUGUUUUAAAAUCAAUGGGAAGCUGGCUGAACAAACAAUUGCUAAUUCCAGAUCCUCAUUCUGCUAAGAAAAUUGAAGCAGCUGACAGCAGUGCUGAGGCUGGAGGUUUGACCAUGGUAAAUGGAAAUGGAGAAGAUCCAGUUGGACAAGACUCUCCACCUGAAAUCUCAAAUGAUGCAUCUGAUGUUUCAAAUAUUGGGCAGCGACGGGCUUAUAAACUGGAACUUCUGGAAGGUAUAUCACUUUUUAAUAGGAAACCUAAGAAAGGAAUCGAGUUCCUCAUCAAUGCCAAAAAAGUGGGUAAUUCACCAGAGGAUAUAGCUGCUUUUCUUAAAGAUGCAUCUGGGUUGAACAAGACUUUGAUUGGUGAUUUUCUGGGAGAAAGGGAAGAAUUAUCCUUGAAGGUUAUGCAUGCCUAUGUGGAUUCAUUUGACUUCCAAGGGAUGGAGUUUGAUGAGGCAAUCAGGGUCUUUCUUCUAGGCUUUCGACUGCCUGGUGAGGCACAGAAGAUUGAUCGGAUCAUGGAAAAGUUUGCUGAACGUUAUUCCAAAUGUAAUCCAAAGGCCUUUUCUAGUGCCGACACAGCCUAUGUCCUUGCUUAUUCUGUAAUAUUGCUCAACACAGAUGCUCACAAUCCUAUGGUGAAGAACAAGAUGUCUGUCGAUGAUUUCAUAAGAAACAAUCGUGGCAUUGAUGAUGGAAAAGAUCUCCCCGAGGAGUAUUUGAGGUCCUUGUUUGAGAGAAUAUCCAGAACUGAGAUCAAAAUGAAAGAUGACAAUAUGGUUCCGCAACAAAAACAGGCUGCAAACUCUAAUAGACUUUUAGGAUUGGAUAGUAUAUUGAAUAUCGUGACCAACAAGCAUUGGGAAGACAGCCAUAUGGAAACCAGUGAUGAUCUUAUCCGUCAUAUGCAACAACAAUUCAAAGAAAAAGCUCGCAAAUCCGAGUCGGUCUAUUAUGCGGCAACAAAUGUUGUAAUCCUUAGAUUCAUGAUUGAGGUGUGUUGGGCACCAAUGUUAGCUGCCUUCAGUGUUCCUCUUGAUCAAAGUGAUGAUGAAGUUAUAAUAUCUCUCUGUCUCGAGGGCUUCCGCUAUGCUAUUCAUGUUACUUGUGGAACGUCCAUGAAGACACAUCGAGAUGUUUUUGUGACUUCACUAGCAAAGUUUACCUCUCUGCAUUCUCCUGCUGCCAUUAAGCAAAAAAAUGUAGAUGCAAUUAAGGCAAUAGUUACUAUUGCUGAUGAGGAUGGAAAUUACUUACAAGAAGCUUGGGAGCAUAUCUUGACCUGUGUUUCCCGGUUUGAGCAUCUACUUCUUCUCGGAGAGGGCGCUCCACCAGACGCUACAUUCUUUUCCUUUCCUCAGAAUGAGUCAGAAAAGGCAAAGCAAACGAAAUCAACCAUUCUUCCUGUUUUGAAAAAGAAGGGACCUGGUAGGUUACAGUAUGCUGCUGCCACAUUGAUGCGAGGUUCAUAUGACAGUGCUGGAAUUGGUGGCAAUGCUUCUGGAACCAUCACAUCAGAACAGGUGAACAAUAUAGUUUCUAAUUUGCACAUGUUGGAACAAGUUGGAAGCUCUGAAAUGAAUCGCAUAUUCACUCGGAGUCAGAAGUUGAACAGUGAGGCCAUAGUAGAUUUUGUUAAGGCUCUGUGCAAGGUCUCCAUGGACGAACUAAGAUCUCCGUCUGAUCCCCGAGUUUUCAGCCUCACAAAGAUAGUUGAGAUUGCGCACUAUAAUAUGGACCGCAUCAGGCUUGUGUGGUCGAGCAUCUGGCAUGUUCUCUCUGAUUUCUUUGUGACUAUUGGCUGUUCUGGAAACCUUUCAGUUGCAAUUUUUGCGAUGGAUUCCUUGCGUCAGUUGUCAAUGAAAUUUCUGGAGCGGGAAGAGUUGGCUAAUUACAAUUUUCAAAAUGAAUUUAUGAAGCCUUUUGAAAUUGUCAUGCAAAAGAGUAGUGCUGUUGAGAUCAGAGAACUAAUUAUCCGAUGUGUCUCUCAGAUGGUUUUAUCUCGUGUCAAAAAUGUCAAAUCUGGAUGGAAGAGCAUGUUCACGGUAUUCACUACAGCAGCAUAUGAUGACCAUAAGAACAUUGUAUUCUUGGCUUUUGAAAUUAUUGAGAAGAUUAUUCGAGAUUAUUUUCCAUACAUUACUGAGACAGAGACCACCACAUUCACUGACUGUGUGAAUUGUCUAAUUGCUUUUACAAAUACUAGAUUCAACAAAGAGAUUAGCCUAAAUGCCAUUGCUUUUCUUCGGUUCUGCGCAACCAAACUAGCCGAAGGAGACCUUGGUUCAUCAUCAAGAAAUAAGGAUAAGGAAGUCUCCAGAAAGGCUUCCCCGCGUUCACCUCAAACAGGAAAAGAGGGGAAACAAGACAAUGGAGAGGUGACUCAAAAGGAGGAUCAUCUCUAUUUUUGGUUUCCUCUAUUGGCUGGAUUAUCUGAGCUUAGUUUUGAUCCAAGGCCUGAGAUUAGGAAGAGCGCCUUAGAAAUCCUAUUUGAAUCCUUGCGCAAUCAUGGUCAUCUUUUUUCACUACCUUUAUGGGAAAGAGUAUUUGAGUCAGUCCUCUUUCCCAUAUUUGAUUUUGUACGACAUACUAUAGAUCCUUCUGGGAGUAGUUCCCCUGUCAAUAAUGAAGUAGAGAUUGUUGGUGAUCUUGAGCACGAUGCUUGGCUUUAUGAGACAUGCACAUUGGCCCUCCAAUUGGUUGUAGAUCUUUUUAUCAACUUUUACAACACUGUCAAUCCACUUUUAAGAAAGGUCCUGAUGCUACUGGUAAGCUUUAUACAGCGACCUCAUCAAAACCUUGCUGGCAUCGGUAUUGCUGCAUUUGUACGUUUGAUGAGUAAUGCUGGGGAGCUAUUUUCUGAUGAAAAGUGGUUAGAAGUGGUUUUGUCGCUAAAAGAAGCAGCUAUUGCAACUCUCCCUGACUUCUCAUUCUUUGAAAAUGAAGACUUUGUGAAUAGAAAUUAUGAACAUGCACCAACAGCUGAAGAUGAUGGUGAUCUUCCUGACUCGGCGUCACCUGAAACUUUAGCAAACCUGAGGACUCGUCAUCUUUUUGCGUAUUUGUCUGAUGCAAAAAGCCGAGCUGCUGUUGAGCUUUUGUUGAUUCAGGCAGUGAUGGAGAUAUAUAACAUGCAUCGAUUUCGCCUUUCAGCAAAACACAUGCUAGUCCUGUUUGAUGCAUUGCAUGAGGUGGCAUUACAUGCUCACAAGAUUAACAGCGAUACUACUUUACGUUCAAAGCUUCAAGAGUUUGGUUCCAUGACCCAAAUGCAAGACCCUCCAUUAUUACGACUUGAGAAUGAGUCGUACCAAAUAUGCCUUACAUUUUUACAGAACCUCAUUAUUGACAGGCCUUAUAGUUAUGAGGAGACAGAGGUUGAAUCUCAUCUUGUUCGGCUGUGCCAGGAGAUCUUAGAGUUUUAUAUUGUAGUUGCAAGUUCUGGAUUUACAACUCAGCCUUCUCGUGACAGACAGCCACAUUGGUUAAUUCCAUUAGGGUCUGGGAAGCGGAGAGAACUGGCUACACGUUCACCUCUUGUCGUGGCUACGCUUGAGGCUAUUUGUAGUUUAGGAGAUGCUUCAUUUGAGAAGAACCUCUCUAAUUUUUUCCCUCUCCUUUCAAGCUUGGCAAGUUGCGAACAUGGUACGCACGAAGUCCAGGUUGCUCUCUGUGAUAUGCUCAGUUUAUCAGUUGGUCCUGUUCUGCUGAAGUCAUGUUGAGUAGUUAAGACUAACCCUGCAUUUUGAGAUGCAGGAUAUUUUUGUUCAUAAUUUGUUCCGUCCUUUUCCAUUACUUGUCAAUAAUAUAGUUUGAAACUCUGUAUGAAAAGUUAGUAAUGAUUGUGUUAUAGCUUACGCUUUUCAAGUUCUGUAUGUUAGAAGCUUAGCUUCUGCGGUCAGAAUUAAUUUGUAUUACUAGAGGCUUAGUGUUGUACGCUUAACUUCUACUCAUUUUUCAGAGGAAUUAGUUUUGAAGCAUUUAUUCAACUCUGAAUUAGUUUUUGCGAAAAUUUGGUGGUUGUAAGUAAAAUGUGAAUAUGAUUGGAAACAGCUACAUUCUAUGAAUAUUUGUUUCUAAUUAUCUAAUGAAAAGUUAAUGCACAUAAUAAUUAAG